AUGUCCUCACGCCUCAGGGCCAUGUACAUGGCAAACUACAGCCCGGUCAACUUUGUGGCCACGGUGAAGCUGGCAAACGUUCAAACAAACGUUCACUCGAAUGUGACCAUUGCUUAUGGUCUGCUCGAAAAAUAUGCCGUGAUCAUGAGCAGCGACAGCGGAAGCAGCCAACAACUGGCCGUGUACUUGGCAAACUACCGCCCGGCCAACUUUGUGGCCACGGUGAAGCUGGUAAACGUGGACCGUUUCAGGCGGCACAAGCAAGCAGCCAUGGAUAAAGUGGUCGCAUCGGUCAUCAAAAACCCAUUCCUUGUGAAGUACUACAGCUGCUUCUGUGUCAAGGAGGCGUACGUGACCGUCAUGGAGUACAUUCCUGGCCUGGAUCUUAUGCGUGUGGUCACCCGGGAAGACUACCUAGACAUCGAUUCCUGCCAAAUAAUCAUGGCGCAACUGAUACUGGCACUAGAACACUUGCACCUUCGUGGCUUCUUGCAUCGAGACAUCAAGGUGUCUAACAUGCUUAUAGUGCCUGGAGGCCGAGUGAAAGUUAUCGACUUCGACACGGUGAAAAUCUGCAGCGGCCAUUUUUCCAAGCGCCUCCUGCGGGGGUACUUCCGGAGGACCCCGUUUGAGUUCCAUGACGGUGAAUCGGCUGGCACCAUUCCUUACAUGGCACCUGAAAUACUGAAGAGGCGCCCGUAUGGUCGCGCCGCGGAUUGGUGGUCAGCGGGCGUUGUCUUCUACAAGCUCACGACGGGUCGGGUGCCUUUUCGCGGCAAGACGAAGCAGGCGUUGCGCGAGCGUAUCAUCAAAGCUCCGCUGAAGUUUCCCCGGUCGGAGGACCACCCACACUCGGCAACGGCUCCUGCCAAGGACAUCAUAUAUCGCCUGCUAAAGAAGAACCCCGUGGAGCGGCUGGGGUCGCGCAAUUACAGCGACCUGAAGGCGCACCCCUUCUUCGAGCAAUUUGACUGGCAGAUGCUGCCCAACCGAACCGACCUUUCUGACAUAGCCAGCAUCGCUGAGCUUCUGACGGAGGACACGCAGAAGGGCAACGCGCCCGACCUGGAUGACCAACGCCGCCACUUGGCCAUUGACGAGAUGACAGACAUUCCCUUUGAUGCACAGAAGCCUCUACUCUGCUACGCAUCGGGAAGCUUCAAGAAGCUCAUCCACAAGAUCAGGGAGAGCAAGGCGCCCAUCAACGUGUCAGGUUCGUUCAUGGAGACCAGCGGCUUGUCGACUACUCCCAUUGACUACCGCGGUGCCACCUCUGGCCAGAGCAGCACAAAGAUUGGACUCGGAAGUACUCCCACUGAGAAGAAAGACGGUCAGAAUCCCAGCAUCGGAAAAGUCGACUUAAUCCUUUUCAGGAAGAAGAAAUUCUACAAAUACUGGAGCUUUGGCUUUUCGAUGCGCCGGGUUAAAGGAGAAGAUGACAAGUUUUAUCUGUACAUCGAUAGCGUGAAGAAAGACAGCCCGGCUGACCGGUCUCAGGUGCUGCCACUGGACGUCGUGCUAGGCGUGAACGGGACGCCUGUAGAAGACUUGUCGCAGGCUCGCAAGGCUCUGGCCACGUGUAGCGACCAGCUCGUCCUGACGGUGAUGUCGUGCAGCACGUACCGCGUGCUUACCUCGCGCAGAGACAUGAUGAGUCUGAUACGCGGAUUAAGCAAGGACAACGCGGUGCUCAAGAGCGCACCCUUCUCUUGCAUCACGGGAAUGCCGUACGGCUUGGGCGUCAUCGACAUAAGCGUGUGGGACGACAAGGCAAAGCGCUUCACUACAGUGUUUGCUCUCACACACGCUGAGGUAACGCCUGCGAACAACGGCAUGGUGUACCCCGGAGACGUGUUGUCGCACAUCGACGGAGUGAACCUGGAGGGUCUGACACACCAGCAGGUGAUGCAGAUGCUGAACACGGCCUCCGGCGACGUCGCGGUGUCCGUGGUGCCGAUGUCCCCCAUGCGCACGCGUCCCAUCCUUUUGAGCAAGCUGCACGAGACAGCCAUGACCGACAGCAACGUGCCCAGCCGCACCACUGCGGCUGACAUAGAGUCACAGUGA